AUGCUCGCCGCCGCGUCGCCGUCGUCGUCGACGCGCAAGCGCAAGCGCGCCAAGGGCGGCACAGUGCUUGCGGAGGACAUGCUGCCGCGGCUGCCACCGGGCAUGGAGGUGGCACCGCCGCAGGAGCUGCGCGGCGCUGAACCGCGCGACGCGCCCGCCCGCAAGUCCAAGCGCUCCAAGCGCAGCCGGCGGCGGGUCGAGCCCGGCGACGAGGCCUUGGAGCGCUCGUCGGCGCGGCCCGGCUCUCCGGCAGCCAGUCCAGCAGCGGCGAUGUCAGCUCCAGCAGCGGCGGCGCGCGGCACGCCGGCCUCGGCGCCACUGUCGGCGCAGGCCGGACCGCCGCGCUCCGCCAGCCGCGGCUCCAAGUCGUCGGCCGCUCGUGGCGGCGGGCGCGCAAACUCGUCGCUCGGCAACCUGACCCGCGAGUUUUGCGACCUGCUCCGGUCGGCCGAGGGCGGCUUGCUCGACCUCAACGAGGCCGUCCGCAUCCUCGACGUCAAGAAGCGCCGGAUCUACGACAUCACCAACGUGCUCGAGGGCAUCGGCCUCCUAGUCAAAAAGUCCAAGAACCAGAUCCAGUGGAACUCGACCGCGACUCUCGACUCGGACUCGGGCUCGGGCUCGGGCGACCACCGGUCUUCCCGCUCCCGCGCCUCCCGCGCCGCCGCCUCCUCCGGGGUCGCCUCGUCGGAAUUGAGCUCACUGCAGAGCCAGCUCGACGACCUCGAGGUCUCGGACGCCAUCCUCUCCCAGCACAUCCACCGCGUCCAGGACAUCCUCCGCGACCUGGUCGAGCGUACCGCUCACGAUAAGACUGCGUACGUCACACACGCAGACGUCCGCCUUCUCCCCGACUUUGAGGACCAGACCGUCAUCGCCAUCAAGGCCCCGCCGGGCUCCAAGCUCGAAGUGCCGGACCCGGAUGAGGGCAUGGAGUGGCCUUCGCGCCGCUUCAACAUGUUCCUCUCGUCCUCCCAGGGCCCCAUCGACGUCUACCUUGUCUCCGAGGGUGCGCCGCCCGACGAGCCGCCGGCCGGCGACGCCGCUGCUCCUGGCCUCCCGCCGCCGCACCCCUCGGACGCCACAGACAUCGGUCAGACGGCGCGAUCGCGAGUCUCGUUCCGCGACUACGAGGCAUGGCGGGCCGGAAUGGGCGGGACGCGGGCACGGCCGUUUCGUAUCGUGGCGCGCGAGGCCGAGCUGCUGAGGCGGAAGGAGCGCGCGGUGUGGGAGAUGGAGGCUGCGCGCGAAGCUGCGCUCGACGCGGCCUACGCUGCCGAUGCCGCCCGCUACGGCACCGUCGAGGCUGGGCUCAAGUACGCUGCCUCUGUCCUUGACGAUGGUGAGCAGCUGGCGGCUGAGACGCUGGACACUCUCGGCAGGAUCUCGUGCCCGGUGGCUGGGGCCCGGACGCCCCGCGCGCUUCUGGAGAGCGGCGAGCAGCUGCUGGCUGCCGGCGAGGAUAGCGGCGAGGUUGGCGAUCUGCUUCUUGCCCGUGCUUGCUUCCGCCGCGUUAUCCUCUACGCCUCGGCGUCGGCUUCCAAAGCUAUUGCCCCGCCGGCGCUCGCCGCCCGCGCCCACCUCGGUCUUGCGCUCCUUGCCUUUCGCGAGGGCAAGUACGCCAAGGCGAGCGAUGCCGCCGACGACGCUGCCGACGCCGGCUCGCGCGACUUUCGCAUUCUGCUCGUUCGUGGUGUAUCUGCCUGUCGGCUUGCGUCCUUUGACGCCGCCGCCGUCGACCUCGAUACUGCGGUAGUCAAGACUCGCCGUACGUUCGAUGCGGCUGUCGCCGCUGUCGCCGCCGCCCGCGUCCGUAGCCGCGAGCGCAGCCAGGACCGCGACCGUGACUCUCCGCCUCUCCAAGCCAGACUGAUUGACCUGGCCGAGGCUUCCGACCGCGCCGCCCUCGACGCCGCCGACGCGCUCUACCACGCCACCUGCUGCGCCGCCUUUGCCUCGGAUGACUAUCAGGCCGACGACCACUUUGCCGCCCUCGCCCAACUCGGCCACGGCACCUCUGCCGGCAGCCCUGCUGAUCUCUGCAGCGGCUGGUUCGACGGCCCGCAGAUCACCACCCGCCCGCUUGCCGACGACCCCAUCCCGGACCAUUAA